GUAGCCUUUGAGAGUUUUAUUGCCCACAGUUCUCUUUGAAAAGACCUAGGGCUGUGUUUGUGUAUUAGCCUACAAUGAGUUUUUUAAAUGUUUCAAAAUAAGUUACAUGCUUAAAAUGGUGUAAUUUCUUAUCAAAUUUGAGUAUUCUUUAUGGAAACAAGGGAUGAGAUUACCCUGACAGGAAAUGUUCUCAAGAUUGUGUUGAUCAACUAUUUCUGUUUUCACGGGAAGUUAAGGUGGUAACUGUGCAGAAAAGUAGAAAUAAUAUAAAAAAAGAUGGAAAGUUACGAUGAAGUGAUAGCUUUCCUGGGAGAAUGGGGGUAUUACCAGUGGACUAUUUUCCUUUCCCUAAGUUGCAUUGUUAUUCCAAAUGGCUAUUCAGCUCUUUCGAUGGUGUUCCUGGCAGAUACCCCUCAACAUCACUGUCGUCUGAACAACUCUUCAAAUGUGUCUUUCAUGAAUCUAAGUUUACAGCUGCCGAUGGAGGAAAUAGAUGGACAGCAAAUAUACAGCAAGUGUUUCAGGUACCGAAUUGACAAGGACGCUGGUUUCAACGGCACAGCAGUAGAACACUGUGUGGAUGGUUGGGUGUUCAGCACAGAGAAAUACAUUUCGACGAUUGUCACUCAGUGGGAUCUAGUUUGUGACCAGAACUGGAAAGGACCAUUUACCACAUCAGUGUUUUUCAUUGGAGUGCUCUUUGGCUCAAUAAUCUCUGGACAACUUUCAGACAGGCAUGGAAGAAAGCCUAUUCUCUUUGGAGCUCUGGCCAUGCGAUCAGCCGCAGGCUUCCUGCAACUGGCCUCUCAGAGUUGGGAAAUGUUCUGCAUACUGCACUUCUUUGUUGGCCUCGGAGAUAUCUCAAGCUACAUAACAACUUUUGUUCUAGGAAUCGAAAUCCUUGGCAAGUCUGAGAGGGCUGCUUUCUCGACACUAGGCAUCUGUAUAUUUUAUGCCAUUGGCUACAUUCUUCUACCAGUCUUAGCUUAUUUAAUCAAAGAUUGGAGGAUGUUACUUCUCGCUUUGACUCUGCCGCAAAUCCUAUAUAUUCCUCUGUGGUGGAUUAUCCCUGAAUCCCCCAGAUGGUUGUUCACUCAAGGCCAAAAGGAAGAAGCUGAGGCAAUAUUGAAAGUGGCUGCCAGGAGAAAUGGAAUCACGCAUGUUGGAGCAAUAUUCGAUAGCACUUGCAUUACUGUGGGUCCCACUGAUAAGAAAAAACAUUCACAGAAUUAUUUGGACUUGAUUGCCACAACCAACAUAAAAAAUGUCACGGUCAUCUUGUUAUUGAUGUGGCUCAUCUGCACCAUUGGUUACUAUGGAUUAUCCCUCAGUACUCCAAACCUACAUGGAGACCCCUAUGUUAAUUGUUUCAUCUCUGCAGCAAGUGAAAUUGUAGUAUACGUGAUAGUCUGGUGGCUGAUACGUGCUUCACCUCGACGGAUUGUCACUGCUAUCUUGUUACUACUCAGUGGCUCCGUGCUGCUAUUCAUUCAGCUCGUUCCUCCAACUCUUCAAUUUGUGGUCACGAUAUUGGUGAUGAUUGGUAAAUCCGGUGUUACAGCAGCCUUCACAAUAAUCUACAUCUACUCAUCUGAACUGUACCCAACUGUGGUGAGGAAUAUGGGUGUUGGGGCAUGUUCCAUAGCAUCCAGAAUCAGCAAUAUCAUCUCCCCCUACUUUGGUUACAUGGUUGCCCAUAGUGGUGUUUUGCCCUUCAUUCUAAUGGGCAGUUUCAUGAUAAUAUCCGGAUUAAUAAGUUUAUUGCUGCCUGAAACUCACAACCAGCCUCUUCCAGAGACAAUUCAGCAGAUCCAGCCAAUCAAAUGCCCGACAAACAUCAAAGGAAUCAAUUUCUGCACUAAGUCACAUGAUCACGCACCUCCACAGCAGGACUAAGUUAUCCAGUGGGACGACUCACUGUUUCACCAUUCAGGUAAUUUUUUUUUUGCUUUUAUUUCACUCUUCGCAUCCUCCUUCCUCCAUCUUUGCAUAAAUAUGUUGAUGGAAGUGGCAAGAGAAAGUUAUGAAUUGAGGGGAAGAGAAAGUUAUUGUGGAUCCCUUCAAGCAGGGGUUCCCCAACCUGGGGUCUGCAGACCCCUCAGUUAAUGGUAAGGCUCUAUGGCAUUAAUAAGGUUGGGAACCUCUGGCUUCGAGGCAGAACCAGGCAAAAUCAUAAUUGAGGAAUAAUAAAAUAGUAGAGACAUUAAUAUUCUGUGUUAGCUAAAUUCAUGAUCUAAUGAGAAAUGUAAAUGUGAAAAUAGUGAAUAAGAUCAUACAAUAAAAGCUGACAGGAAUAAAUGAUUAAAUCUGCGCUAGAAUCAGGAGGUCUGGACCACUAAGCUGCAGAUGUGAUUCUGAAUUCUACUUUGGAAACUGGGGUAUUUAUUUUUAAGUUAUUAUAUCUGCGAGGAAAAAAUGUUUGCAUCAUUAAUGGUGACCAUGGGCUUCUGGAUUGUUGUUCAACUGGUUCAGUGAAGGAAAUCCAUUAUCCUUAUUAAGCCUGCUCAAGCAUGACCCCAGAGCAAGCUUUGCGGCUCCUGUCCGCUCGGCCCAGGGGUAAUUAGGGAUCAGCAAUAAGUGCUGACCUUGGCAGUGGUAUCUACAUAGAGUGGGUGAAUAGAUAAUAGCUUUUUUUAAUCUAUUGUUCUUGCUGCCCAAAUCAUAAGGAAUUAGGUGGCUGGAGAUUCAGCCACAAUUCUAAUUUACAGUUCCCUAGAGUAAAUGACAAUUCCCAUGGAUUGUUAUUUAACAAGUAUAAUCUAUUCAUGAAAGUAAGAGAGAAUAUAGUCCGGAGCAAUAUCCAUAGUAAAAUAUCAACUAUGAAGGAAGUGUUGAAAAGCACUUGGGAGUGACAGGGAAAUCACCAAUUAGGUAAAUUGAACACAAUUUUACAAAGGACUUUUCGUGUGUCUAACAAGCAGAGUGGAUAAGAGGGACCAGUGUUUCCAAUGAGAACAAUAAACAUAAUAUAAUGAGUAAUAACAAAAGAGCAGAUCUGAAAAAUUGGACUAACGGUUUAAAUUUGUGUCGUAUUAUUACUAUAAUGCGAGGACUGGGCCUCUAAACUGCAGUAUCACCUAGCAGGGGUUGGCCUGCAGGGUGAGCAUCAGGGCUGGUUGAGAGAACAUCUUGGUGGGCUGGGAGGUGUGGACUAUAUACUGUACAUGCAUAUUCUGCAUUGCCAUAAUUUUACUAAUAUCCUAUAUGCGCUUGUAUAUUUAAAGACUGGGCCUCAAAGCCAUGGAUUCGCCUUGUGGGAGUUGGAUGUCAGGGUGAGGAUUGGACCUCAAAACCAUGGUAUCGCUUAACAGGUGUUGGGUUGGGUCGGCAAAUGAUAUGGGUGGGCUGGGGAUUCUGGGCAAUGUACAAACGCUGUGCUGGUGUAUUUACCUGAUAUGCUAUAUGGGUUUGUUGACUUGUAUGUUCAAGGACUGGGCAUCCAGCCAUUGUGUCUCUGAGGAAGGGAGAUCGGGACACUUUUAUUCCAGAAUGUGUUCUUGUGAAUGACUGUUGGUAAUGUGUUUUAGCACCUUGACCUGUGCUAACGCUGUCUCAAAUUCAUGAGUAUUCAGGUAUGGUUGAAUGACAAUUAAACUGGAUUGAAUUGAAUUGUCUUAUUUUGCUCUUUACAGCUCUUGAGGCCAACCUCAGCACUGCUCUCAAGGUGACAAGCAGGGGAUAGCUGAAAGCAAUUCAGCAUGACUCGCUCUGUGAUGCACAUGAAUGCAAAAUAACUGUGAGACAGCACAAGCAUGCAAACUGUAGAAAAGAUUAUCAAUCUGUUAAGUGAAAUGGUAAAGGAUUUUAUUAACAACCCAUUUGUUCUUUUAGUUAUACAGACAAAAUGCUGGAGGAACUCAGCAGGCCAGGCAGCAUCUGUGGAAAGCAAUAACAGAGGGUGAGGGGGGAGGAGAGGAAGAAGUACAAGAUAGUAGGUGACAGGUGAGACGGAGAGAGAGGGAGGUGAAGUAAAGAGCUGGGAAGUUGAUUGGUGAAAGAAAUAAAGGGAUGGAGAAGAGGGAAUCUGAAAGGAGAGGUCAAAAGACCAUGGAAGACCAGGGGGGAAGCCCCAGAGGGAGUUGAUAGACAGGUAAGGAGAGAGAGAGAAAUGGAAAUGGUGUAUGGUGAAGCAGGGGGAGGGCAAUUACCAGAAGUUUGAGAAAUUGAUGUUCAUGCCAUCAGGUUGGAGACUACACAGACGGAAUAUAAUGUGUUGCUCCCCUAACCUGAGAGGAGGCCAUGGACGGACCUUUUAUUCCAUCUGGGAAAUCUCCAACUUCCCUCUGGUCUCCUCCUCCUUUCCGUUCUUCCAUGGUCUUCUGCUUCUAUCAAAUUCCCCCUUCUCCAGCCCUUUACCUCUUUCACUAAUCAACUUCUCCGCUCUUUACUUCACCCUUCUCCCUCUCCCGGCUUCACCUAUCACCUACUAUCUUGUACUUCUUCCUCCUCUCCCCCCUCACCAUCUUCUUCCUCUGACUUCUCAUCUCUUUUUUCCCAACAUGAUGAAAGUUCUCAGCCUGAAAUGUCAACUGUUUACUCUUUUCCAUUAAUACUGCAUGACUUGAUGAGCUCCUCCAGCAUUUUGUGUAUAUUACUUUGAUUUCCAGCUUUUGCAGAUUUUCUCUUAUUUGUUCUUACAGGUAAUUCAUGUGAUCUAUUUUCAAAUUGUAUGAUGCAGGCCAGCUUAUAUUUCAAAAAUUUAAACUUAGGCACGUGAAUAUGGUAAAAAUGCUAUUGAGUUGAGUGGUGGAUGGAAGCCAUAGGAAAACAUUUGUUUUGUAUCUUCCAGUUAUUUAAUACUUUCAAUUCAAAAAGAGGAUUUGAAAAUAAAAGUAAAGGUAACUGGUCUUGGUAAGACCAUAUCGGGAAAAUUUUGUAUAAGUCUUGUUCUCUACCUAGUAAACAAUAUAGUUACGAUCAAAGAAGUGCAGUGAAGAUUCACUGGAUUGAUUUCUGGGAUGGCAUGCUUGUUGAAAGAGGAAAGAUAAGACUGUGGUCCUAACUUGGAGAUACAAUAGACAAUAGACAGCAGGUGCAGGAGUAGGCCAUUUGGCCCUUCUAGCCAGCACCACCAUUCACUGUGAUCAUUGGCUGAUCAUACACAAUCAGUACCCCGUUCCUGCCCUCUCUCCAUAUCCCUUGACCCCGCUAUCUAUAAGAGCUCUGUCUAACUCUCUCUUGAAUGCAUCCAGAGACUUAGCCUCCACUGCCUUCUGGGGCAGAACAUUCCACAUAUCCACCACUCUCUGGGUGAAAAAGUUUUUCCGCAUCUCUGUUCUAAAUGGCCUACCCCUUAUUCUUAAACUGUGGCCUCUAGUUCUGGACUCACCCAUCAGCGGGAGCAUGUUUCCUGCCUCUAGUGUGUCCAAUCCCUUAAUAAUCUUAUAUGUCUGAAUCAGAUCCCCUCUCAUCCUUCUAAAUUCCAGUGUAUACAAGCCCAGUCGCUCCAAUCUUUCAACAUAUGACAGUCCCGCCAUUCCAGGAAUUAACCUUGUGAACCUAUGCUGCACUCCCUCAAUAGUAAGAAUGUCCUUCCUCAAAUUUGGAGACCAAAACUGCACACAAUACUCCAGGUGGGGUCUCACCAGGGCCCUGUACAGCUGCAGAAAGACCUCUUUACUCCUAUACUCAAUUCCUCUUGUUAUAAAAACCAGUAUGCCAUUAGCUUUCUUCACUGCCUGCUGUACCUGCAUGCUUGCUUUCAUUGACUGAUGUACAAGAACACCUAGAUCUCGUUGUACUUCCCCUUUUCCUAACUUGACUCCAUUUAGAUAGUAAUCUGCCUUCCUGUUCUUGCCACCAAAGUGGAUAACCUCACAUUUAUCCACAUUAAACUGCAUCUGCCAUACAUUUGCCCACUCACCCAACCUGUCCAAGUCACCCUGCAUUCUCAUAACAUCCUCCUGACAUUUCACACUGCCACCCAGCUUUGUGUCAUCAGCAGAUUUGCUAAUGUUACUUUUAAUCCCUUCAUCUAAAUCAUUAAUGUAUAUUGUAAGCUGCGGUCCCAGCACCGAACCUUGUGGUACCCCACUGAUCACAGCCUGCCAUUCCGAAAGGGACCCGUUAAUCACUACUCUUUGUUUCCUGUCAGCCAGCCAAUUUUCAAUCCAUGUCAGUACUCUGCCCCCAAUACCAUGUGCCCUAAUUUUGCCCACUAAUCUCCUAUGUGGGACUUUAUCAAAAGCUUUCUGGAAGUCCAGGUACACUACAUCCACUGGCUCUCCCUUGUCCAUUUUCAUAGUUACAUCCUCAAAAAACUCCAGAAGAUUAGUCAAGCAUGAUUUUCCCUUCAUAAAUCCAUGCUGACUCGGACUGAUCCUCCUACUGCUAUCCAAAUGUGUCGUAAUUUCCUCUUUUAUAAUUGACUGCAGCAUCCUUCCCACCACUGACGUCAGGCUAACUGGUCUAUAGUUCCCUGUUUUCUCUCUCCCUCCUUUCUUGAAAAGUGGGACAACAUUAGCCGCCCUCCAAUCAGCAGGAAAAGUUCCUGAAUCUAUAGAACAUUGGAAAAUGAUUAUCAAUGCGUCCACGAUUUCUAGAGCCACCUCUUUAAGUACCCUGGGAUGCAGACCAUCAGGUCCUGGGGACUUAUCAGCCUUCAGACUCAACAGUCUAUCCAACACCGUUUCUUGUCUAAUAUAAAUUUCCUUCAGUUCAUCCUUUACCCUAGUUCCUUUGGCCACUAUUACAUCUGGGAGAUUGUUUGUGUCUUCCCUAGUGAAGACAGAUCCAAAGUACCUGUUUACAUACGAACACCUGAAUUAAGACUACUCCGCCCCAUUGAGCCUACUCCAUUCACUCAAGAGACUUCAAUGUUCCCUCUAAUUAUUUUUACAGUUGCAUAUUCCAACUAUUGCUCCAAACGGAAUUUUUACACGGCUUGAAAACUGUGGUGUUUUAAUUUUUUUUUUGUAAUAUGCAUACUGUGGUAAUUAGAAUGAAGAUUUAAAAAUCA